UGCAAUUUAAGCAUUUAGUCUCUUUUUAAGCUGCUAUGUAUUAUGUACGCUUAACUGUAUUGGUUUUGCAGCUAAGUGUCUUGGGAAGUGGCGAAGGCAUAGAUUAUUGCGAUGAAAAUAUGUGCCCCUACCAAGGAAAACAUGUAGCCUGUGGUCAUAAAAAGACAUUUAGUAAGAGGUGUGAAGGUGAUACGAAACUAGAAGAUAUGAGGCCAUUCAAAGGUUUGAUAAUGGACGAGCACAAUUACUAUAGAAAUAAAGUUGCAUCAGGCCAAGUGAAGUGUUUCUAUCCAGCCGUUCGAAUGCCCAGUCUGAUGUGGGACGAUGGUUUAGCUGAUACUGCGGAGUACAACGUUAUGAGUUGUGUGUUUGCCCAUGAUCAAUGCAGAAGCACAAAAAAAUUUCCCAUGGCGGGCCAAAAUAUAUAUACUGCAACAACAAGAAAGUUGGAUAUACCCAUAUCAGGUUUCAUAAAAGAAGCAAUUUUUCUUUGGUAUGAAGAGCAAUUUGAUGCAAAUCAUUCGGUUCUGGAAUCAUACCACAAAACUAUUCCACAAACCGGGCACUUUACUUUAUUGGUGUCUGACCGCCAAACUCACGUUGGGUGUGCGUUUUUAAAUAUGAUGCUUCAUGGUUCUCCAGGGAAGCGAAUGGUUAUUUUUACAUGUAACUACUCAUCUACGAACAUUCGGAGCAUUCCCAGUUAUAAACCUGGUCCCCCUGGUUCUCAGUGCAAAAAGCGUCACCAUAAGUAUGAUUUUUUGUGUGAUGACCAUGAUAUAAAUAGCGAUGAUCUUUCAUGGUACCGAAAAAGUUGAAAUAAGUCGUUUGAGGCAAUUAUUUGAAGAAUGUAAAAUUGAAAAAAUGCGACAAAUCUGUUAAGCUUUUUGAGUCUAACACCUAUUCAAAAAGAAAUAUUUAAUAAAUAACUA